AUGAUUGGCGACUUCUCCGGAAUUUGCACGAGAACCUCGCUUCCACUGUGCACGCUGAUCAAUCCGUUGCAUGCCCAUAAUGCCACCUUUGUGGGGAUCAUCCCGGAUUGCUACGCGCGCACGGUAGAUAUUUCGAACACAUUAAUAUUCCAGAUCGGAACGUCAUUUAUACACAUGUCCUCGCUCAUAGUGGCCCUUAUGAUCAUAUACAACGUGCGAUUGAGAUACACUGCUGUCGGGAGAAAAGAAAUGCUCACGUUUUUCUGGAGUUUUAUAAUGUUCACGGUGUCCUGCAUCGUAGUGGACACUGGAGUAUCUCCAAGCGGAUCUUCCACAUACGCAUAUUUCGUUAGCUUCCAGAUAGCCAUGACCGGCGUUUGCUGCUGGACGUUAUUCUUUGCGGGACUGUCAAGUCUGAAUUUAUGGGACGAUGGCUCCCUGCACACUAUGGCAGCCAUGUUUGGCUCCUCUUUUGGCGUUUUCGUCCUCAAUUACGUCGUGGCAAUUCUCACAUUUAAUAAUUGGACCAGCAUUAUCAACACUGCCGAAACUAUCCCUCUAUUCGUGCUCUACUUCAUAUUCAAUGGAUUGUUGCUUUUCAUGUACCUGCUGUGCCAGUUAUUCAUAUGCUUCGUCACUCUUGUACUCAACUGGUGGGCCAUCGAAGCACUAUGCCUCUCAGUAUUCUUUUUCGUCGCUGCUGAGUGUCUCCUGUACGUCUUCAGCUAUGACAUCUGCACAUCGUUGAGCCACUACGCAGACGGGCUCAUUUUCAGCACUCUUAGUAACCUUUUUGCAAUCAUGAUGGUCUAUAAGUACUGGGAUAUUAUCACUUUUGACGACGACGAAUACAUCAGAUAUACUGAAGUCGUACCGGGUGUGGGAUACAAGGAAGACGCCCAGGCUCUGCUGAAUUAG